AUGGGGAAGGACGCGUGCGUGUACUUGGACGUAUCCAUUGGCGGCUCACGCGCGGGGCGCAUCGUGAUCCAGCUGUACCCUGGGGUUCCCAAGACGACGGAAAACUUCCGGUCGCUAUGCACCGGAGAGCGCGGCUUGGGGCGUACCACGGGCAAACCUUUACACUACAAAAAGGUGCCAUUCCACCGCAUCAUUAAAGGCUUCAUGCUGCAGGGCGGGGACUUCUCUAACCGCGACGGAGCUGGUGGAGAGUCCAUUUACGGCGCUAAAUUUGAAGAUGAGAGCUUCAGAUAUUGCCACACGAAGGCGGGACUGCUGUCAAUGGCCAAUGCAGGCAAUAAUACAAACGGUAGUCAGUUCUUCAUUACGACAGUCCCCACGCCCCAUUUGGAUGGGAAGCACGUCGUUUUUGGGGAAGUAAUUCGAGGAAUGGACGUGGUACGGAAGAUGGAGAAUGUAGAGACUGUAGCGAACAACAAGCCGGCGUCGAUGCAGGCGGUGGUGAUUGAAGAUUGCGGAGAAGCUGAUGAGGAGAGCGAGUCAGAGUCAGACUCCUCUUCGGUUGAGAACAAGAAGAGCAAGAAAAAAAAAGAAAAAAGAAAAGAAGAGGAUGAUGAAGAAGGAGAAAAAGAAAGCAAAGAAAGAGGCAAAGAGGGAGAAGAAGUGUCGACGUGA